AUGAGCUGGACGUGCCAUGGCGAUAGUAAUGGCGAGAUGGUCGAUAAGUUGCUCCGCAGUGGAAUCGUCCAAUCAGAACGCAUCGCGGAGGCCAUGAAGCAGAUUGACCGCGCUGACUACGUGUUGACCAAGUCAACGGCCUAUGAAGACUCUCCACAACCCAUAGGUUUCAACGUCACCAUAUCGGCGCCUCACAUGCACGGCUACUGCCUUGCCUUUCUCGAGAGUCACCUGCAACCCGGAAACCGCGUUCUGGACGUGGGGUCAGGCUCGGGCUACCUGACAGCUGUCAUGGCGCUAUUGGUGGGCCCCACGGGGCGGGCGGUGGGCGUGGAGCACAUCCCUGAGCUCGUGGAGCGGUCCCGGGCGGCAGUGAAGGCCGGCCGGGCGGCAGAACUGAUGGACGGCGGACAGCUGUCGAUACAUGAGGCGGAUGGGCGGCACGGGUACCCAGAUGCGGGGCCAUAUGAUGCCAUCCACGUGGGCGCUGCUGCUCCUGAGCUCCCCCAGGCCCUAGUGGACCAGCUGAAGCCGGGCGGCAGGAUGGUGAUUCCCGUUGGACGUUUCAUGCAGGACCUAGAGGUGAUAGACAAAGGUGCAGACGGCACUGUCACUCGCACCACAGCCAUGGGUGUGCGAUACGUGCCACUGACUGCUAAGGCGAAGCAACUGGGGAGGGAGUGA